AUGGCCGUGGCUCUGGACGCAGUGUGGCUGAGGGUGAAGAACGUGUGCAAGCAGAAUGGGCUCCUCAUCAUGUCGGUGCUGGCCGUGGUCAUCGGGUGUCUUCUGGGAUUCUUCCUGAGGACGCGGCGGCUCACAGAGCAGGAGGUGAAGUAUUUCCAGUUUCCCGGAGAGCUGCUGAUGAGGAUGCUGAAGAUGUUGAUUCUCCCACUCGUCGUGUCAAGUUUGAUGUCGGGUCUGGCAGCCCUCGACGCCAAGUGCUCCAGCCGGCUCGGGCUCAUCACUGUGUCUUAUUACCUGUGGACCACCUUUGUGGCCGUGAUCGUGGGGAUCAUCAUGGUGUCCAUCAUCCACCCGGGGGGCGCCGCCCAGAAGGAGGACUCCGAGGACAGCGGCAAGCCCAUCAUGAGUUCUGCCGACGCUCUGCUGGACCUGAUCCGAAACAUGUUCCCAGCAAAUCUAGUCCAGGCCACAUUUCAGCAGUAUCGAACGAGCACGGAGUAUCGUCUGAAGCCCAAGCCGACGGUGGCCCAGUCGGAGUCCACCACGCGGCGCGCGCUCAUCUAUGGGAUCCAGGACGACAACGGGACCGACAUUCAGAACUUCGCCCUGGAUCUGACUCCGCCACCUGACGUGCUCAUAAAAACCCGCGAGGGGACAAGUGACGGAAUGAACGUCCUUGGCAUUGUUAUUUUCUCCGCCACAAUGGGUAUUAUGCUGGGAAGAAUGGGGCCAAAUGGCAGCGCCUUGGUGAAUUUCUGCCAGAGCUUGAACGAGGCCGUUCUUCGAAUUGUCGCAAUUGUCAUUUGGUACUUCCCCUUUGGAAUUGUCUUCCUGGUGGCUGGUAAGAUCCUGGAGAUGAGCGACCCCUCGGCCAUGGGGAAGAAGCUGGGCUUCUACGCCGUCACUGUGGUGUUCGGCCUGGUACUGCACGGCCUCUUCAUCCUGCCUGCCAUGUACUUCUUCAUCACCAAAAAGAGCCCGAUAGUCUACAUCAGGGGCAUCCUGCAGGCCCUGCUCAUUGCUCUGGCAACCUCUUCCAGUUCUGCCACUUUGCCUAUAACCUUCAAGUGCCUCUUGGAGAACAACCACAUCGACCGCCGCAUCAUCCGCUUUGUGCUCCCGGUGGGCGCCACCAUCAACAUGGACGGCACCGCCCUGUACGAAGCCGUGGCCGCCAUAUUCAUCGCACAAGUGAAUAAUUACGAGCUGGACUUUGGCCAGAUCAUCACUAUCAGCAUCACGGCCACCGCGGCCAGUAUCGGUGCAGCAGGGAUCCCGCAGGCCGGACUGGUCACCAUGGUGAUCGUGCUGACGUCCGUGGGUUUGCCGACAGACGAUAUCACUCUCAUCAUCGCGGUGGACUGGGCCUUAGACAGAUUUCGCACCAUGGUGAACGUGAUGGGGGACGCGCUGGCCACGGGCAUCAUGGCUCACAUCUGCAGGAAAGACUUCAUGAAAGAAGGGGACGGGGUGCCUCUGAUUUGUGAGACCAAGGCGCCGAUAAGCACGCCGCCCCUGAUGAACUGCCACAACAACAACGGGAACUACCGGCCCCCGUCCUCGGGGCUCAAACACGAGCUGGUCCCUCCGGACGUGGCCCGCCUCAUGCAGCUGGAGGAAGGCGUCCGGCCGCACCCCGAGCGCAAGAAGCCCCCGAUUCCUCCGCGGCACCUGAAGAAGAACAAGGAGCACUGCACCAUUGACAUGAAUGGCCUUGAGACCAACGUAUAGCCUCCUCCUGGAG